GCGUUACUCGCUCACUCACUCACUCACGAGUUAUUUUCUCCAGCGGUUACUGCUAUACGAAGAAGGAGAUGGCAGUGGAACAGCACGAGAAGGAGAAGGAGAAACUGCAGAAGGGAAUCGCUGAGUUCUACGACGAGUCCUCUACCAUAUGGGAGAACAUUUGGGGCGACCACAUGCACCAUGGCUUCUACGACCCGGAUUCCACCGUUUCGGUUUCGGAUCAUCGCGCUGCUCAGAUCCGAAUGAUCGAAGAGUCGCUUCGUUUUGCUUCGCUUUCUGAGGAACGUACGAAAUGGCCGAAGAGAAUAGUUGAUGUUGGGUGUGGCAUAGGGGGCAGUUCCAGAUACUUGGCCCAGAAAUUUGGGGCAACCAGCGUUGGCAUCACUCUCAGUUCCGUUCAAGCUCAAAGAGCUAAUUCUCUUGCUGCAGCUCAAGGAUUGGCUCACAAGGUUUCUUUUCACGUCGCUGACGCUCUGCAGCAACCAUUCCCUGAUGGACAGUUUGAUCUGGUGUGGUCCAUGGAGAGUGGAGAGCAUAUGCCUGACAAAACUAAGUUUGUUGGAGAGUUGGCUCGGGUAGCAGCACCAGGUGGCACCAUAAUAAUAGUAACAUGGUGCCACAGGGAUCUUGGCCCUGACGAACAAUCCCUAAAACCAUGGGAGCAAGAUCUGUUGAAGAAGAUUUGUGAUGCGUUUUAUCUUCCAGCCUGGUGCUCAGCUUCUGAUUAUAUCAAUUUGCUUAAAUCACUGUCACUUCAGGAUAUCAAGUCAGAAGAUUGGUCUCCAUUUGUUGCUCCAUUUUGGCCAGCAGUGAUACGUUCUGCGUUAACAUGGAAUGGCCUCACUUCACUUUUGCGCAGUGGAGUGAAAACCAUUAAAGGAGCUUUGGCUAUGCCAUUGAUGAUAAAAGGAUACAAGAAGGGUUUGAUUAAGUUUGUGAUCAUUACAUGUAGAAAGCCUCGAUAAAUAAGUGAAGGCAUGCAGAAUAUUAUAUUUAUUUGUUUUCGAAAUCAUUUAUUUUGAUAGUUGAAAUAAAAAAAAAAUAAGAGAAACCCAUUGAGAGUGAAAGGGGUGAAAUGACAUCAAAUUGAAGAUUAUAUAAGCUAAUUUUUCUCGUUCA